AUUCGACGCACAAUUAAGAGCCAUCCCCUCCAAAGUUGUGCGAACAGAACAACAAACACAACAAACAACGUGCACACACACACACGCGUUCCAGCCAGCGAGACAGAAAGUCAAGCAAGCAAAGAAGCAAGCAAAGCGCGGGCCUCUCCUUCCACCUCCUUCCACCUCUGAUCUGCCUGGUUGUCUCGUUCGACAUCGCUUCCACUGGGGCCCACCCAUCCUUCUCCAAUCACGCCACCACCGCGGACAUGUCUGCGUCUGAAAAGGACCCUCUGCUCCCGUCCAACAAGGACACCUCCAUCCAAACUCGAACACCACCAGACGCUGUCUCGCAGCUCUCCAACAGCGGAGAUGCGUCUUCCGAACAGCGGCAGCCGUUUGACAUCAGCGGACGGCGACUCACGCGACGCAGCAGCGAGCUGGCACAAGCACACCUCCAGCGGUUGAAGCUGUACAGUAGACUGGCUCCCGCCAACAAGCCAAACAGCAUUAUUAUGCCGGCGCAUGUGCUGCCCGAUUCGAUUUUCGUCAUUGGUCUCCCAAAGGGAGGAGAGCAGAGCUCCUACGUCACAAUCCUGUCGCUGUGGAACACGAUGAUGGGGACGUCUGUGCUUGCGAUGCCGUGGGCGAUUUCGCAGGCCGGGUUUGCGCUCGGGCUGCUGUGCAUUGUCAUCAUGUGUGGCCUUGCCCUCUACACCUGUCAGAUUGUGCUCGCCUCGGGCCAGGGCGGACGAAUGAACGGGACGGAUGUUGAGUUUAUUGACGUGUGUCUGCACUAUCUGGGCAAGAAGGCGUACAUUGUUGCCAUGCUCUUCAGCGUCCUCACCCUCGUCGGCGCUUGCAUGGUCUACUGGGUGCUGAUGUCCUCGUUCCUGUACACGUCUGUCGACUACUUCCACGCCCCGGGAAAUCACACGGACGAGGGCACAUGGGGCGACUACUGGAACACCUCGUAUGUGCCGCUGUAUCUCGUCAUCAUCGUCUUUCCGCUCCUCAACUUCAAGUCCCUCUCCUUCUUCACCCGGUUCAACUCGCUCGGGAUUGUGUCGAUUGUGUACAUUUUGUUCUUUGUUGUGUACGCUGCUGCAAACGGCGGCUCCUACGACAACUCCCCCGUCGGUGGCAUCAACUUUGAUCACCAGACCCUGUUCAGCAGCAACUUUGUGUCGUUUACGGGCGUGCUUGCGCUGUCGUUCUUCAUCCACAACGGCGUGCUGUCGAUCAUGCGCAACCAGCGGAAUCCCGAGAACAACGCACGCGACCUCAACCUCGCGUACCUCUUUGUCGCCCUCACAUACACCAUCGUCGGGGUGAUUUACUAUCUUGCCUACAAAGGUGACAAGACGAAGAUCAACAACAACUUCCUCCUCGACUUUAAGAAGGAUGCGGACAACUUCCUGUUUGCGCUGCUGGCAGAUGUCUUCCUCUUCAUCCAGAUGCUCACUGUGUUCCCGCUGCUGAUGUACAUUGUGCGCUUCCAAGUGCUCACUGCCCUGUUCAACGGCAAGGAGUGGCCAGGGACGCUGCAUGUUGUUGUGCUGAAUCUGAUGGUGACGACGUGCUGCGUUUUGAUUGCCGUCUUCUAUCCCUCCAUCGGAACUAUCCUCAGGUACACGGGGGCGUUCAGUGGACUCGUGUAUCUGUUUGCGCUUCCGGCGCUGACGAAGAUGGAGAUGCAGCGACGAAAAGGGGAGCUGACGGUGUGGUCAAAGAUAUUCCACUACGGCCUCAUCCUGAUUGGCUUGCUGAACGUCAUUGGCCAAUUCCUCGUCUCCUCAUGACACACACACACACACACACACACA